UCUUUUAUGAAUAUUUUUUAUGAUAUAUCUAUAAAUUUUGAGAUAUUUUCUCAUUAGAGUAUUAUUUUGUAUUGGGUUUCAAGGCUAUUAACAAAAAGUGUGACGAAAAGUUGAAAUAUAGAAUUUUCAUUUGUGAAAACGCUGGAUUCAAACGGAAAGAUGUCAUCAGGGUUACCAGAUACCCAGGCUGCUAACAAUGCAAAGAUUUCACCAGUUGGUUCACCCAUUAUCAACAAGUUUAGGGAACCAAGUCCUGUACCAACUAGAAGAAACAGAACUUAUUCACAGACAAAGACAGUUGAGAAAUUACGGGAAAGUCCAAAAGUACACCAUGGCAUUGUGAAAGAAUUUUGUAGAAACAAAGGUCAUGGAUUUAUACUUGACACUGAAACAAAUCAAAGAGUAUUUGUACAUGUAUCAGAUAUCGAAGGCGAAUUUGUACCAAAAGAGAAUGAUGAUGUAACAUUCAAGAUAUUACCGUUGCCGUUAAAUCCAAAGAAGGAACAGGCAGUACACGUGAAAAUUACUCAUUUAGCUCCUGGUGUCACGCACGAGACAUGGACAUCAAGUCCAAGCCCCACACUAUCACCCAGAUCAUGAAGUGCUCUUCUAUAUUCAUAUUGACUGACUGUUUGAAAUUAAAAUGGAAAAAUAAGUACGCAAAUGAUAUGCAAAUUAGAAAGUUGUUUAAACUGGGACUAUUGAUUGAAUUAUAGCAUAUGAUUUAGUGUUAUAUCUAGAAAAAUAAAGGACAUGUCUGAAAAAUA